UGUUGGUGAGGGAGUGUUUUCUUUUGUGCUUUAUGCAUUUUUCGUGUUUUUAAUACAAUAUUUUGUAAACGGUUUGGAAAACAUUUCAUUUAAUAAUAUAACUAUAAUACGGCUGAAUUUUAACAAAAGAAAUUUUUAAAAUGGGUGAUAGUAAGAUUUGUGAUAUAAGUGACGAUGUGAGAGAUGAAUUGAAAAAAUUUCGUUUUCGCAAAACUACCACAAAUUCAGCAUUAAUUUUAAAAGUUGAUCGUGAAAAGCAAUUAGUCGUACUCGACGAUAUGCUAGAUGACAUUUCUCUUGAAGAACUGCAAGAACAACUGCCUGGUCAUCAGCCACGCUAUGUGAUUUACACCUAUAAAAUGAUACACGAUGAUUCGCGCAUAUCAUAUCCAAUGUGUUUUAUAUUCUAUACGCCACGUGACAGUCAAAUUGAAUUGCAAAUGAUGUAUGCCUGCACUAAAAGUGCUCUACAAAGAGAAGUUGAUCUAACUAGAGUUUAUGAAAUACGAGAAUUAGAUGAAUUAACCGAGGAAUGGUUAAAGGAGAAACUCAAGUAAAACAUAUAGUACAAGAUUUAUUAAAAAGAAGUAAAAAACAAAAAGACAGCCAAUAAAGCAAUAUUUUAAAAUUAACAACAAUUUAAUAUAUAAAUAUAAAUAAAAUGACCUCCAUAUACCAACGAUUAUAUACCAAAUUAUAAUUUUUUGUAAAAUUAUUUAUACAAUGUGUAUGACAAUUUUUUUAUUCUUGUUAACAUUUAAGUUUUUCUACUUUAAUGUAACUAUAAAAAAAAUUAAUAAUUUUUUAUGUCUUUACUUUCUAAAACUACAUGGUGUUUAUUACUCUUAAUAUAUUUUAAAAAUUUAA